AUGGCAGUGAACCAGAGCCAUACAGUGGACCGCCGUGGGACCACCAUCCCACGUGGCGAAAGAGCUGCAUCCCCAGCCCUGUGUGUUGGUUUAUGUGCUUUUAAACAUGUGCUGUCUUCCUUGCCUUUCUGCAGCCUCUUGAAGAAGUGUUCAGAUGUGGACCUCUCCUUCCCUCAGUCACCACCAGGCUCCAACUUCUUCAGUGGUACAAAGAGGGGGGCGCUGUUUCUCACCUCAUACCGGGUGAUUUUUGUGACUUCACCUUCAAGCAGUGAUCCCAUGUUGUCUUUCAUGAUGCCAUUUCAUUUAAUGAAUAACUGCACUGUUGAACAACCAGUCUUUGGUGCAAACUACAUUAAAGGGACAAUUCAGGCAGCUGCAGAUGGUGGCUGGGAAGGAUCUGCUACUUUCAAAAUAGUCUUCAGGAAAGGAGGUGCUAUCGACUUUGCCCAGCUGAUGGCCAAAGCGGCCUCUGCUGCUGCCCAAGGAGUUCCACUCAGAGUUUCAAGUUUCUGGAUGAGCCCUCUAGGAAUUUUUGUCAUUACUGGGGAGAGGAGCAUGUGUGCCCCACAGGCAUGUCAAGUUGCCUAUGGAAUCCCACCUGCAGGACACGGAGCCCCACCUCCCAGAUAUGUUCUACCUCCUGGAUAUGGAGCCAGGAUAUACGGACCCCCUCCUCCAUAUGCAGCUACCCCUGUGGGCUAUGGAGUCCUGCCUCCUGGAUAUGAAGCCCCUAAUAUGGAGUACGGAGCCCCACCUCCCAGUUACGGAGCCCCACCUCCCAGUUACGGAGCCCCACCUCCCAGUUACGGAGUCCCACCUCCCAGUUACGGAACUACAGCUGUGGGGUCUGGAUCUCCACCCCCUGGAUAUGAGGCCCCGCCUAUGGGUUAUGAGACUCCUCCUUCAGGAUAUGGGGCCAUACCUCCUAGAUCCACAGCCCUGUCUUCAGCACAAGAAGCUCCACCAGCUGAGUCUGAAGCAGGGCACCCCAUUUCUGUGGCAGCCCAGACUCUUGGAUUCCAGGCAUCUUUUCCCUCUACCUCAUCUUCACAAGCCCAUUCUUCUCCUUCUAAGAUGUAAACCUUGAAGUUUCACCAAGCAAAACUGCACACUAGCAUUGAAGUCUAGAAAGAACAGUUAGGUUUA